UCGCUUAGACGCACGUCCAUUGCGACCAUCAGCAGUGUAGGAGUUAACAUCACAGUGAGACGUACCAUCCUGGUCGCGGCUUGUCUCUACCAUCCUUAUCUCUGCCCACCUUACCAUCAUGGGUGAGACGGAAAAGCAGCCCGAACAACCCAAGGCUGUCCAGCAGAAGAUGGUCAUCGCUAACAAAGUGACCGGAACUGUGAAAUGGUUCAAUGUCAAGAGUGGCUACGGUUUCAUUAAUAGAAACGAUACUAAGGAAGAUGUGUUCGUCCAUCAAUCGGCUAUCGUUAAGAACAACCCGAGAAAGGCCGUACGUAGCGUGGGUGAUGGCGAGGUCGUUGAGUUCGACGUCGUUAUUGGUGAGAAAGGUCACGAGGCCGCCAAUGUCACGGGUCCAGCGGGCGAAGCGGUAAAAGGCUCGCCCUAUGCUGCAGACAAACGUCGCGGAUAUCGCGGUGUCCACUGGGUGUAUCCGAGACGUGGCAAUGGUCGACCGCAGAAUCGUAGAUCACGCGAAGGCCAGGAGGGUUACGAUCAAGGCGAAGGAAAGCCCGGCGAUGACGCAAACGCCGAAGGAGGCGGCCAGGCACAGCAGCAACAGCGUCGCUACAGGCUGCGUCGCCAUUAUGAUGGAUACUACCGCGGAGGACGACGUUCCGGGCCCACAUCGCAGCAGGGAGAUAAUGCUGGCGAAGGUGGUGAGCAAGCGGAAGGAACCGGCGGCGAGGGUGGCGCACCGCCGCGCGGUGGUGGUCGUGGACGCGGUGGCCCAUCACGACGUUACUUCCGCCGCAAUUUCCGCGGAGGAAGAGGUGGUGGUCCGCCACGACGUCCUCGCAGCCAGGAUGGCCAGGUAAGGUCGGAGCAGAAGUCUGAUGCACCUAAAGAUUCGGAUGCACCUGCCGCUGCCCCUGCUCCACAGGAGAGCCAACCGGUGCAGAACACCACCACCGAAAGCACCGCCUAACCAAGACAGAGUAACGCGCUAUUACUGCAGGACACUCCUUUUUAACAUAUAACACCAACACCCGUUAUACACCGCAGCAUCGGAAACAGCUAUAAAACAAUUGCAAAAAAAUCCCAAAAAAGAAAAAAAAUAACAAAAAAAAGAAAUCAACAAACACUACUCCACACUCUCUCCACGGAAGCAAAUUAAAAUUAAGAUACUUAUGAAAAUUGAGAAGCGCACAGCCGCGCUUGGCGGACCUUUUUAGCGAGAUAGCAAAGUUUCAUCCUUUGAUACAUAUGUACCUAUAGGAUUGGACUUCAGUUUAUUUCGCUGAAAGAACUUUUUAGGAAUGGCUGCGUGCUUCUCAUUUCGGGAAUUCGGGCAGAAGAAGGAAGGGUAAAGCAACUACGGAGUACGGAGCGAUAAUUGAAUUCGAGCCUGCACGAGAUAGAUCUAUAUAUAUUUUUUGUUUUUGUUUUUUUUGUGUAUUUCUUGUUUCGUACUUUACUUCUAAUUUUUCUCUCCGAAUAGGGCGCAUUAUAAAUCGUUUCAUAUAUACGAUAGAUUUGAGUUUAUUGCUACAUUUCCGCGAGCUUUCUUCACUUUCGGCGAUUUUUCUAUCAAAAGAAGUAGUGCGAAACAACUACUUAAAUAAAUAACUGCUGAUAAACAAGUCUCAAGAACUCGAAUGUUCGUCUGUCUCGAAGUCAGUCGUUUCUUUUCGAUUUAUAUUACGAAAUUGAUGAACUAACCGUAUUGCUUUCACUCUUUCAGUAUGAAUAAUUGGAAUUGCCGUGGCUACAUUGUUAGCUUCGAGUAUUUUAAAAUUGUUAAUUGCAAGAAGAUUGUGCGUUGAUCAAUAAACAUAGAGUAAAUGCAGUACAAAUUUUGAUACUCGAGAAUGAAAAUGCGACCGCGGCUCCAAUUUUCCUAUACUUUACAAGCGAUCACGAAUAGAAAUGAUUAUUGUAAUAGCAUUUAUCUUGACCGUAUUUUUACAAUUGUUAAUAAUUGGCCCCUGGUGGGUCAAUAUCUCCCGCGAUAUAUUAUUAAUUAGCAAUUAUUGUUUUGACUUUACGCAUUAUUGAUUAGUCCUGAAAUUGGGCGCGAAAACUCGUGAGGUAUCACGAUGCGAGUCUUCCUGACCUGUGAGCAGCGCACGAAGGUGUAUUGAAAAGGUCCCUCUUUUUUUUUUUUCAAUAACGCAAUGCGUAUACUUGCAUCUUAUUAUUCGUAUUAUUGGACCUAAAGUCUUUGAGCUAGUCACAAGCGAGGACGGCUCCUCAUCAUGAAACCUCGCAGACUUCCGUGAGUAAAUCGUCCGAUUCUUUCUGAAAUUAACGUCGAUCGACCAUGCAUCAGGCAGUCUUUUUUUUUUUUUUUUUAAAUUAAAUUGCUGACUUGUACAUGCGAUAAUCGAUUCGAUUUGAUUUUUUGAAACAAGAGCGAGGCAUAUUAUAUAUCGGCUCGAUUGACAAAGCUACGUAUAUCGUAGACUGUCAUAAGAGUAUGGAGGAGAACGAGACAAGAGAGCGUGAGAGAACGAGAGAGAGAGAAAACAAACUUUAUAUAAUUUUGCAUGAAACUAAUUUUUAAAUUUUUAGUUUGUAGUAUCGUCGACGGAUAAUAAAUAUAUAUGUCUACUUUCUUUAAAAAAGAAAUGAAAAUUUGACAUCUCUAUAUUUGGCCAAACUUUAUUGAUUUCUGACUUCUGUCUAUAUCCAGACGACACAAACGUCAGCGAGAUUAUCACGAUCUCUCAUUUCGCAAAGAUCCAUCAGAAAAAGACGUUCUAAUCUUUCAUAUAUAUCCUUGUGUCGUUUGGGUGUAGCGUCACCGAUGUUACAUGGUGUUUAUUGUUUCCGUCGUCGUGUAAUUCUGUGCUCGUCGACGCCCGCGUUGCCCGCAAAAUGUAUUCGCGAAUGGGAAUGAUUUCAACUAACGCAGCAGCGCGUUGGGAAAAUUCAUACGGAAACUCAUAUUUUUCGCGAGAGACGUGGACAGGUGUACGCUAUUCGCGUCGACGGAUGUGCAUAAUAUAUUCAAAAUCGUGGCUCGCGAAUACAAUUUGUUUCAGACUUGUCAUCACUGACACGCGGCGGUCGUACCCUCUGUCUUGGAGCAGGAAAAUUCCACCCCAAGAUUAAUUACCGUAUAUAUCAUUACGAUGAUCGUCUUUAAUUAUGUCUCACUGUCCUGUCACAUCCCGUUUGUGAAGUAGCGUUUGUCACGAAAACCCGAGUGUGUCGAGUCUUCGUAAAAUUUGCAUAAUACCUUUUGUUUGUGUAAACGAAAAUCUGAGAGAUCGAGAAGUUCCGGUACCCUCGAGGUACCUACGAAACAUCCGAUUGGUCAGGAUUAGCUGUUUAAGGGAAUAAUAAAAACUAAAAAAAGAGUAAGAAGAGAGAAAGAGAGAGUGUGUGCGUGAGUGUGGUGCCAAGUGGAGAGAGAUAAAACACGCGGUUACGUUACGGCGGACGCGCGCGCGUUUAUAUAUUUGCAGCACUUUUACGACCGAGUAGCGAAAUGAAAGUGAAAUAAGCGAAAGAAAGAGAGAGGCGAUCGAACGCCGAUCCAAUUCCGAGGUCGCCGUAUAAUUGUCCUGGUUUUUUUUUUCAUCCCUUAUCCGACUCUAUAAGGGAGAGGAACCCAACGAGACGCUAUCGAUCGAAACCGCGCGUCACCCGCGCGCUUUCCGCUUUUUCUAUUACACCGCAAUCCGCGUUCGUUGGGACAAAAGCCCAGGCGACUCUUCGGGCCCGCGUUGUUUAACGUAAUCACCUUCCGUUGUCUAACGUAACCGCGCGUUCCCACGAAAAAAACACGGUAGAAAGAAAUAUAAAAAAAAAAGAAAAAAGAAAUCCAAGAGAGAGACGGCCUCUCGAGACGGCGGAAGAGCGAGGGAAAGAGAGAGAGGGAGAGAGAGAGAGAGAGAGAGAGAGAGAAAGAGGGAGAGAGGCGCGGAACAAGCAAAAAUUUCAAGCGGCGCGCCGAACAGGCGCGCGAUUGUAACUGCAAAAAAAGAACAAUGCAUGUGUUAACAGUGAAUAUCAGAGUUAAAACGAAAACCAAAGCCGUGAGGGCAAAAUCGAAAGAAAACGAAUCACGAGCGAAUCCAGCAGCUAAACUUCACACGCGGUUAAAAGAUAUUAAAAAAAAAAAGGGUAAAAGAGAAGGAAAGCGAGGGGAAAAAUGGAAAAAAAAACCCGGAGUGCGGUAUAACCGAAAGAAUCAGUUUGUGUACUUCGUCGUUCGGAUUUAUCGCCGUCGUCGAGGCGAUCUCGACGUGGCCGUGUCAGUCAAUCGCGAUCGCGUACGUGUUCGUUGCGAAAAAGUUGAAAGACGGCUUACGAUCGGGCGGACGCGGAAAGGUUCGCGGAUAGAAGAGGAGAGCGAGUCUCGAAUCCGCGGCAUGCAUCGGUCCAUUAGCCCGCCCGAACAUUCUCGCGGGGAGGGAGAGAUGCGAAAGGGAUCUCCCGGUGCUUCGUAUGCUAAACACUCUUCCCGGUCGGGGAGGCGAAUUUGCAUCCCGCAUCGAGAUUCUUUGACGUACGGAGCGGUCCGAUUGUUUUCGCGCUCGAGGCUCUCCGCCUCGAACGCCCGUCCGCGAGUUAACGCGAGCCGAUGACGCCGCGUCUGCGAGAUUUCGCGAUUUGUCAUGGUCGGCAUUUUCUUUUUCCGGUUCUCGUCACCGUGAGGAAAACGGGGAAAGUCGUCGCCGGAGAAAAAGGAGCCGUGGUCGCGUGCGCGCGCGCGCGAUCCUUCUCGCUCGAAACUUCCGUCGUGAAUUCGCGUCGUGUCCACCGGGCAAAAACAAUCGUAAUAAAAAGGGGUAUCACGUCGCGACAGUCAAUUAGAUCCGAUUCGAGUUUCGCGCGAAUAAAAGGCGAUACUCGAGUAUAUAUCUCGCGGGAGGAAGAGAGAGAGAGAGAGAGAGAGAAAGGAACGACAACGUGGACGAGAAGC